AAACCAGCCUCAAGGGUGCUCCUCACUGCUCAACUGCCUACAGUUCUUCGCUCUACUCUGCGGCGUACCGUUUCACUUCGAGGCUGCCCGCUGCUCACUGCCCGUUGCCCUUCUCUCAUAAAACCCCGAGCUCAAAAAUCACUUUUCCAUUCUCAAGGUUUCAUCGGGAGCCUCUCAUUCAGGGUCUCAGCGCUCACAGCUCACCCUAUCCCUAGGUUGUGGCCGUUCUUCUUGCUGCGCUGGCAGGCAAAUCCCUCCCUCUGACAGAUUGAGUUGAGAGCCACUCGUAGAGCACUGCUGACACUCUCCCUCGCUGUUUGUGGGACUGCUCAGUGCUCACCAGAACUUGCAUUAUAUACCUCGCCUGUCCGUAGAGCGAGGUUUACUUACGACUUCCGAGAGUUCAGUUCUCCAACGGCUCUACGCGAGCCAGAUUCUUCUGUUUCAAAUUUCUUCUGCUUGUUCUUAGACUGUGAUUCGUUUCCUGCUCUAAGAAUGGCCUUCCUCGCGCGCCAGGUCGACAUUGCCACAACCUCUCGUCUCGAUAUCGAGUCCGACGUGGCUGAUUCCUUCACGGCCAAAAAAUCGUUCUUCACCCGGCCUUCCUCGCCGACGCGAGUCCUCUCUAAUCCCGAGCUCGCCGACAGGAUCUCCCGAGUCCCAUCUUCUCGGAUCCUUUCCGCCACGUGGAGAUCUCAGAUGUCCGAUUCGGUCGCCACGUGGCAAUCGUGGGAGCUGCCAGUCCCGUCACAUCACAGCUUCUGGUCCCACGGCGGCGCUGCCGAAGCUGCUGCCCUAGCUGCUACAGAAGCGGACUCAAUCGGAGCGGCCAAACUGCAGACUCUCUGCCGGCGGGAUGCAGGCUGGGCCCCGUCGCUGCUCGCCAUGCUCGCCGUCCAGCCGCCGUCCGGCACGACUUGCAACUUAAUCUCCCGCCAGCUGCACUCCUUGCUGCUCUGGGACGACUGGAUGAAGCGCCACGGCUCUACGGACGAGUUCAGCGGCCUAGCCUCCGUGUUUGGCGCUCAGGCGAAGCAGGUCGCGGCGCCGUCGGCUAGAGACGAGCAGCAGGCGGUUAGCGGCGAUUCCGGAUGUUCGGCGUUUCCCAAGAGGCUCGACGCAAAGUUUCCUCUGAAGAAGAAGGCGUUCUGCGACUCGCUCUCCGCGCUCUGUAAGGAAGCCGGCUCGAGCAACUUCUGGCUGGCUCACUACCUGCGCAGUUUGCAGCAGUACGCGCUUGUCGGCUUGCCGCUUCACCUUACGGUCAAGCGGCACGCAGCAGCCGGCAACAGCCCGUCUCUUGACGACUAUCUUCUCUACCGCGCUGCCACCUCCCCCGCAACUCCCGCCGCGUUUCUCGCCGCCGCGUCCCGCAACCUCCCCCCCGUGUCUGAUCGCACGUUCGAGUCGCUCGUCCUCCCGCUCCUCUGCGUCGGCUCCGCGUUUUCCGCUUUGAAAAGCGACUCGCUGCUGGAGCGGCGACGACGGUCGCACGAAUCCGCGUCGCUACCCGCGUCGCUCCUGUUCGACGCUGAAACAAGUUCAUUGCUUCUGGACACUCUCGAGGCGGCUUUUGUUGAGAUGGCUGGGAAGGUCGAGAAGGAGGCGAAGCAGCUGCAGCUGGCGUCGGAACGAGUCUCGGUUUGCUCGUUCGUGCGGCUCCUCAGAAGCGUCAUCCACGGCGUCAGCCUAUGGCAGAGCGCCGCGUGGCGGUUCCGGGACCUGGCUGCUCCUGCAGGCGGGCUGGCUGAGAGCUUCAGCGAGAGCGCCUUAUACGCUAGCGAGUCGGAUUCUGAUAGCGAGGAUGAGUGGGGUAGCAACGGAAUCCGGCGCAGCAGCAGCAGCAGCAGCACCAGUGCCAGCUUGAGUGGUUCUGAGCUUCCCCAAUGGCUUCUGGAGCAGAUUGAAGCUGCCUCUGUACGCUUCGCUGCCCAAUGAGUGAUGGGAACAGUUAGCCCUAAGUCUCGCGCCAGUCACGGGUUCCUGCCUCUACCCGGAGCCAUCCCAGCUUUUUAGCUCAAGCUGCGAAGCUGCUACCUCCGGUCCAUCAGCCGUGAGCCACCUAGUCUAGGGGCGGAGUGCUUCUGGCAUCUCGACCACCUGGCCAGAGAACAAGUCCACCUGGCUGCCAUGCCCGGUGUUCUCUUCUCUUCGCUUGGAGCUCGCCUUAGGAUUAUUAUUUCGGCCGGUUGCCUGGGUACACGUGGCUGGCCUUCAGUUUAGAAUUCACCCAUCUUUUGUACAUAUUCAUUUUUGGAAAAUGAU